UGCAUGCGGAUUACGAUCGAUUGGCAAUUAACAAAUCGACCAACACAUCUCUGUACACAAAUUGUAGAUUAUCGACGGAAACAAAACCAAAUCCUACGGUGUUAAUUCAUCCAAUUUCUUCCCGUCUUCGUUUCCAUCCAUGGUCUUCCAUCGUUUAUCGGGGUAAUCUUUUCAAAUAUCUUAUUACGAAAGAUCGAUUCGUUCAAUACAAUUUAACCCGAACCCGUAUUUGCGUUUAGUUUUUGUUUACAACUUCGAUCUUCAUUUGCCACAACUUAUACCCGAAUCAUGUUAACUUAUCAAUACAUUUUACAUUAAAAUAACGCUACAUAACACCGUCGCAUUGUUGUGGAACAGGAGAGCUUUGAUGCGAAGUAGAGGUGAUUGCACAGGAACGACAAUGAAGUUGGUCUGUUUGAUUAGCAUUGUGAUCUGUUUUGCUUAUGCUGAUGCGAGUCCACUUCAAAUAAUUGCCGAAAGUGUUUUAAUUGCAGCGAUUAAGACCUACAAAGCAAUGGAAAUGUUCUCGUUCAAUCAAUGUGAUGAACAUCAUUCGAAUUUAUUGCGGGAUUGGCGUAAAACGAACGAAGAUUAUUACAAGACAUUCACAAAUAUAUCAAAACAGAUUGCUGACGAGUUAGAAUAUCAGACAUGGUCAUCCAAAUUGUUUCUGAACAACAUGGAUUUGGGAAACAACAAGAUAUUUUUCCAGAACGGUACUUGUCGACAUGACGCGUACGAGCAGUACGUGGUUCUAUACGAAUAUUACGAUACCGAUACGAAACUGCAUCCAUCAAGAUUAGAUCCGUUUUUUGCAAGGCUAAAUAAAACGUUUGAUGAUGAGAUAGGAUAUUUAAGAUCGGAAAACAGCAAGCUUAAGAGAAAGUUGGAAAUGUGUCAAAUGGAGCACGACCUAAAAAUUAAUCUUCAACUACCGUAAACCUCAUCACCAGAUUCGAGUCAAACAUCGUAUAAUAUUAUCGACUCGAAUCCCAAUGAUAAUAGGUACUGAAUAGCGAUUAAUAGAUUUUAAUAAUUUUUACACGGGUAUGUUAGUUUUUUUUAAUUUUAAUCUUAAGCUAUUUAUACAAAUACUAAAAUCAUCAAUAUUUAGAUCGAUUGAUUUAAGAUAAUCAAUAAAUACAUUUCCUGUGAUAUUUACCUAUUGUCUUUAACGUAACUAUUUCGAAUGUCCCUCCAUCGCUUGUAUUUUUGCACCCAUGAUAAAACGACUUGUACGCGAUUUCAAAAAUAUAUAAAAUAAAUAUAUUCAUUGAAAAAGAAA